AGGACCUCAAUUUAUUCUAUGUCAACGUAAAACUAAAAGCAAUCUUAUUCUGUAUGUACUACCAUCGAGAAAAUGAAGACAACAUUCACAACCUCCUGUAAGAUGUCAUGAUAUUCAAUCAAUAUUUUAUUUGACGCAGCGGCUCCUACAGCGAUGUAGCUCCUACGGCGCGCGAAGUUCCGGGAUCUUACACGAAGAUCUGCCGACGUGUGAUCUCGGAGCUCCUAUUUGAUCCAAUUUUGCUGGUUACGAUCGAAUUGAAUAUUGAUUGUGCCGCGCUCGUUCCCGCGAGACGUGGAACUUCCCGCAAUCUGUGGAACAUGUAGUUGCACGCCUGAUUAUAUUUCAAUAGCCGUCUAAGGACUUCUACUUCCCAAUUAUCCGGAAGUGUCUAUAGAUCGUCGGACCGUAUAGCACUCACUCAACUCUCACACUAGCACAAUUCUUUAUGUGAACUCUGUUCGUCGACGUUGUUUAUUUCAAGUAUGACCUCGAAGAACGUGAGCAAGGCGAAGUCCAAAGCCCCCAGUGGGGGCGGCAAAAAUGCGGGCAGUGCUGGCAAUGGUACCGCCACCAAGGUCGUGCGCCCAAAGGAAAUAAAAGUGCCACCAGCUGUAGUCGUGCCAACAGAAGUGACGCCUGGCGGGGUUCUUGUGACUGAGGACACAAAUGCGGUCACCACAGGCCGGCUCACCGACCUGCCAGAAGUUACCAGGCCGGCGGUGUUGGACACCAUAGAACAGAGGUAAUUCUAUCUAUUUUGUCGCGUUUGGUAGGAAUGAGCGAGAUCCUGACCCCGAUGAAUUGUUUCAUGGAAGCGAUAUUUCUAUUGGCUCCAUGAUUUUUUGAGGUCCUUCCUUCCUAUCGUGCAGAGAUAGAUAUCUUCAGAUGCGGUUUAUAAGAUGAUUUUUGCAUGCUCAAGAAACGGAACAACUACCCCUGGUCCACAGGUACACCACCGGCAACCAAGCCUACACCUUUGUCAGUGACGACCUCCUGGUUGCGGUCUCACCAAAACUGCACACUUUAACGAAACAUGCCACGGCUUCAAAUUCAACAUCGAGUUCUAAUCCCGGCAUUGAUACCCCCGCACAGCAGCAGCUCCCCCAGCAGCCCGACCCGCAUGCAUUCGACCAAGAACACCUGGAUUUUUACUCGCGCUACUCCUCUGGCGACCAGCUCCCGGCGAGGUUUUUCCCGCGUCGCAUGCGAGACGAGUACAAAGCGUCAGUUUUUUCAGCACGGUCGAGGGCUGGUUCGAGGGAAUCGUUUCCGGCACAGCUGCAUCCGGCUAAAUCACCCACGCCGGCCCUGUCUUCGACACCAGGCGGCAAUAAGAGGCACAAGAACCUCCAGCUGCAAAGUAUGCGCACUGUCGAGCCUCACUUGUUCGAGAUGCCGGAGAAGGCUUUUCGGGAUUUACUGUUCUUGAAACAGAAUCAAAGCCUUGUUUUCCUAGGGGAAGAGACAAGAACCGCGUUCGACAUGUCGUUGGAGUUCCUGUGCUACAAAAGCAGCAGCAGCAGCAGCAGCAGUAGUUCUUCAUCUUCGUCGACGUCUACCUGUGUAGCAACAUCAAGGGAGCCCGGAACAGAAUCUGAUAGUACGCACGCGCAGAUAGAAGAUAGAAUACGCAGCGCGAUGCUCCUCUUAGAAACCUUUGGUCACAGCGGUGGCGCACAAAGCAGUGCAAAUUCUGUGCCUCACUUUGGAAAGUUUCUGCAAUUGUACUUCGGCGCGGACACUGUGGGGCGACCGGUGAUUUUAGGAGCGACGAUACGACAAUUUUUGCUGGAGAGCAAGCAGGUCCUGGAGCAGAGCGGCGAGGCGAUUCUGCAGUGCUUUUUGCAGUUGGAGAACGCCGGGUUAUUACAGGGUUUGCUCGACUACAGGAAUGAAGACGGUACAGCUCCUGUCGAGGGGCAAGAGCAAGGAGCUGAUUUGUUUUCAGACACCGAGACCGCUGUGCAUAGCCGGCUGCCAAGCACGCAGCGUCUCAUCCGGACGUUUUUGGACCAUGCGGCUGCUACAGAAGAAGCUGGGGUCGCUGUUGCGAGAAAUAGUCCGGAGACCAAUAUUAAAGGACUGGGAAACCACGGCGCUCCUGUCCCGAUAGUACAGGCCGAAAUGUCCCCACGAGGCCCAAAAAUCAGCAGCCUGGGAAGAGACUACGAGGAGUCCUCACGUGAACGGCAGGGCCGACUACAGGCUUUGGAAGCCAUUUUUGGCAGAGCGUCGCCUUUCGACGGAGCAGAAGAUGAUAGGUCAGCGACAACCCGAUCCUCAUCGUUCGAAGCCACCUGCGACGCCCUGGAGGUGUGCGGGUUUUCGGAAGAGAAGGUGGAAAACCUUUUUCAAACCGUCGCGGGCAUCCGAUGUAUCGCAAUUGCUGCUACAGCUACAGAGGGAACUACCGCCGUCGAUGCGGAACAGAAGAGGACUCUAUUGAGACUUGCCAACGCUCUUCUCGGAUUCUUGGAUAGCACUAGCAGCAGCAGCAGUACAACCAGUUUUUACCUCGGCGGAGCGACCGCGGCUGUUGUGCACUCUAGCCAAGAAGAUUAUGCGGACGUCGCCACACCGAUCCAUGCUCCAAAGACGAAAACACAAAAACAGGCUGAGCAAACGGCGGAUUUGGUCGACAAGAACGAGUCGCCGCUGCUGGUAGAAACCAAAAUCGUGCCAAUGCUAGAAGCGAAGCAGCACCAGAACGGCGGGAUCACCGAAACCACGCCCAGUUCGGAACUCGCGACUUUAGCGCAGAACCUUUACCAGAAUCUGUUUUCUUUCCUGGUUCGCGCUUUGAAUGUCUGUUUAAAGACGCAACAGCGAAGAAAGAUAAACGGUGCUUCUAGUGCCACGGCUCAACGAGAAGCGACAUCAAACCCUACACGACGUCGUGGUAAGUUUCUUCUAAACCCGACAGACACCCCGAACUUUGAGGCCUUCGUCGCAAAAAACUUUUUGUCUACCGACUCUGAUGUUGCGGAUCUAGACGCGGUUUCGAGCUGCAUCGGCUUGUUAGACGGUGGUUUCAGAAUGGUUCGACAACCACGACCAUCCUCCACGAUGAAAAUGGCAUCUGCAGGAACUCCACGGAAAAAUAAAUCGCAGUCCCUGGACGCUCUGCUUCAGAACUACGUGAACGACAAAUUUGCGCAUUUUCUCUCGUCCAUUCUGUUUCAAAAGGAGUACGAAGCGGUUGCGGAGGAACUUGGGAAUGACGUGGUGCAGGAACUGUAUGCGCAUUGCGACAAAAAGGACCAUCCGCUGGUUUUGGGGAAAACGCUCGCGAGUCUGGAAACUGCGAUCUUCCCCGAGUUGAAAAUCGGUUUAAAGACGUCCUCUGAAAAUAAUGCUGCUCCCAAUGAAAAUGCGUCACCGAAUACUAAAACGGAAAGCGCACGACCGUCAAGCUCCUCCUCGAAGCAGGCCAAGAGCAAGGCGAAAAAAUCUUCAAAUAAAGUUGCGGGCGUAGGAGCUGCAUCUACUACGGAAGCAAGUGGUGCGACCACCUCUGCGGCGACAAUGUCCUUGAGUGAACGCCUCCGGAAGAAAAUUUCCAAUUUGAAACACGACUACAUUUCCAUCCGGGCAGGAGAAAUCUUCGCGAAGAACAAAAAUAAAGCCAAUGUCGGGUUGGAGCUAGGCGUCAGGCAUUUUGGAGGAGAAGAGCCGACCUGGUAUGAUGUUGCCGAGUUUGAAACUACCUUGGAGCGAGCGGAAAAUAAGACCACCGCCUGGAUGAAUAUCGGUGCAGAAGAUAUGGAUCUGUCAGGAUUGAAAUCGUCAAAGUUGAAAUUAUUUGUGAUGCAUAAAAUGCAAGGCAUGAAGUGCUUGUCUUGCCGGGAUGGCAAGUGAGGCCGACCGUCAGCCUGUUUAGGGUUUGAAAUAGACAUGCUGAAGUAGCAUGACAAAAGCAGUCUCCUGUGCCCAAACAGCAUGACAAACUGGAUUCCGGUGCUCGAAAAAUUUGUCAUGCGCCGCUUGAUAAGUGGGCUUGCGACUGGUAUCGGUUUCAUGCAUGACAAAUUAUUUCAACUUUGUCGAUUUCAAACCUGACGCUUCCAUAGAAGACACCAGCAGUAGUGCCGGUCCUCUUUUCCUCUCACUUUGUGACAACAGCGAGAAUCUCGUUGUCCGCUUCAUGUGCCGCGACCCCACGAAGCCCACGACCUCGUCGUCCCAAGCGGAGAACGGUCGUGCCGCGGUGGCACAAAGCAAGCCCUUUUGUUCAUCCUUUGUGCUGCACACGGACACAAUGGACACGAUGGCGAUGCUGAAGCAGUUACUCUCCAGGUCUAAAGUGCGGUUCGUCCUUGGCGUUGAAGCUGGAACCGUUUCUACUACUGCGUCUUCGGAGGCUAGUACAACAAGGACGGAUUUUUUACCAAGCUUCAACUUCGAUCGCGAGGCGUUUGACGCGCAACUACGCAAAUUCGAUUUAUACUCCGUCGCCGGGAUCCGGAAGCGCGGGUAUGCGCACUGUUUAUCACAUUCUGAGUUUCUGAAGCGAUACAAAGCGAUAGCAGCUCCAUCAUCUCCAGGAGGGUCGACUACAUCGAGUGCAGCAAAAAUAGUAGACGCUGUUGUUUCCGGUCUGAACGAGGCAAUUGGCGGCCAAUUGCUCGUGUCGGAUAAAGAUAGAAGAAGCGAACUCCUCAUCCAAUGCGGGAAAUCCAAAGUCUUCUUCAAAGAAGCCACUGCAAGUCUCCUUGAGAAGAAGAAAGUGAUCCUCUCCAGCCAGUUCGCGACCAGGAUACAGAAAGUCUGGCGCGGAAAAAUAAUCCGGAAGGAGCUGAAAGCCAUGCCGAUUUUGCUUCGGAAGAUCCAGGACUUCCCAAAGAGGUUGAAGCUUGAUUACAACGAAUCGGAAGAGCUGACCGCGGUAUCCUACCAAAACUUCUCCGAAGUGGAGAAGCACGUCAAUCAAUGUGCGGAACUACUGGACUUGGUGCACGAGUCGACCUUUUGUAUUGAUGCGGGUCAAGAUAAUGAACAGCAACAGCAGGCAGCACCAGCAGAAGCACCAGCAGACCAAGGGCUGGUGCAGCUGCGUCGUCGAGAAUUAGGUAAUAUACAACUGAAUCCGGUGAAGACCCUGGAGCAGUGCCGCCAGAGACUCCAGAACGUCGGCAAUUUGUUUCAGCACGUCGAGCAGAUGUGCGAAACGGAGGACCGGACCAUGGAGAUUUUCAGCAUGCUGCAACGGUGUGCGGCUUUAGGUAUGGGCCACUGUUUUGCCGUCCAGCAGCUCCAAGCGAGACACGACAAUUUGGUCGCGCAGAGCAGCAGAGUUUUGCAGCUGAAGCGGUUGACGAAGAGGUGUCAGAGGUUUUUGGCGAAGACAGAAGGGCUGUUUGAACCUGUAGUGGUACAACAACUACCGGGUGGUGGAGGUAGUACAAAUACAUCUUCAGUGGAGAUUUCCAAUCUCGACCGUGAAGCCUUCAAACUGAUGCGGAAAAGCGAGUUGAGCCAGGAGCUCAACGCCUCGGCCCUGCUUCUAUCCGAGGAGGAAGACAAUAAUUCUCCUAGCGGCGGAGGUGUUUCGACUGUUUUUACACCAAGAGCCACGAGAGCUCCAAACGACGGCGGACAGCACAUCAGUAACCAAGACCAGGAGACGCGCUUCCAAAAAUGCGUCGAGGAGGUUUUGCAGGCGUUUUUGACCGAUUCUCAUCGAUUGUUAAACGAAAUAGCGGUUUUCCAGCGGGAAGUUGAAAUUAUCGGAGAGCGCGACAGCGCCGUUGCGACCUGGACGAAACUCCUGACUUUCGACCCGUUUGAGGCCUUCUGUGACCUGACCUACACCGCGGUGCCGAAAGUGAAAAGUAGACACGCGGAAGUGAAGGAAAAAAUGCUUCUUCAGCAACAGCUAGAUGGAAAGAACAGUAGCGAAAAUAUUAAAAAAACCGUACAACGCCUCAACACGCUCGAGCUGGAGUUCAACGCGAGAAGCAAGGCCUCGUCCAGUAGUAGAUUCGGCAACUACAGCACCAGAACCGACAGCGUUUUCAGUUCGGGGGCGCCGAGCAGGAAUUUGUCAACGGCGCAAACGACAUCAAAACGUGGUCAAGAAAUGAUGGAGGAUAGUGCUGCUGAUCAAGAGAUGGCAGUGGCGAUCGAUCUUUCCUCCGAAGCGCCACAGUUCCAGAAUUUGUCGACAGCAGUUCCUCCGGGAGGCACCGGCCAGCUGACCACAGGAAACGACGACGAAGACUACCCGAUUAAUAUGCUUCAGCCCCAGCAGCUCGAAAUCACGUCCUUCCUCCCAUCCCCAACAAAUAACUUUUUGAGCGACACGCUUCUCUCCCUGCUGCGCCUAGCCCCGAAGGGCACGCUUGACUCCGCGGGAUGGCGGCGGGUUGGGAGCCUUGCUGAAGACCAUAGCUUUAGCUUUAUUCCGGCAGAAAGCUGCAUGAAACCUCCUGGCGAGGUUGGAGCUACUUCGUCGGAGGAUGCACUAAGUGACGAACCUACAGAAUUGGACCUCGCGUGUUUGUACCUGGCUUUUAUGAAAUCCAUCAGAAACAUCGAAACCUACGACCAGGCUCUCAUCGACGCCGCUUUCUGCAACACGAUCGAGUUGAAGGGAUGGUUAAGUCCACCGUCCUCGAACCGCGAACAACAGCAAAAAAUGCCAUUGCAGCCGCGCUCCGACAGAAAGAUCACCUGGACCUUGGACAGCACACAACUCGGCAUCCUGGCCCGAUCGCAAGUGUACCUCCGCGAAACUGAGAUCGCGGAGAAGGCGGCGACGCUGGGGAGUGCGUUGGAAGGCAAAAGCGACGAAUACGGUGCGGCGGAGGAGGAUGAGGAAGAGCAGAAAUCCCAACUGGCGCACGAGUUCGCCGCGGCCUUCACGGUGCGGAAAAAUGAUUUAAACCAGCAGCUCGAGGUUCUUUUGGGAACAGCUUUCGAGAUGAAUGGCGGUGCAGGGGCAACGAGCGUAGGUGUGCCAUCAACAUCAUCUGCGUUGCGGAUUCACUGCAGCCGAACGAAGAACCCAGACGGGGAAGAAGAGAUCAAAGUGGAAAUCAGAACACACGGCGAUACUGGUGGACCAGGAGGUGAUGUAAUAAUGGGGAACAAUAAUUCCAUCAAGCAGCAAUCAUUCUUCUCAGAGCGGCUUGGUGCAACGAGCAGUCCGAUAUUUUUGCCGCAAGUACAACGACCUGUGAUGUUCCCCCCGACAACUACAACAGGGUCUUCUUCUAGAGGACCUCGAGUUCUUGUUCAGCACGGUGGCGGUGCUGGGCCUCCUGCAGUUACUGCGAUGUCCAUGCCCACGGCAUCGUUGUCCUCGACAGCAAGACUCCCCUUCACAGGAGCCACAGCUGCAGCAACAGCAGGUAGAGCCAUGGUAAACCACGUGCAAACGGAAGAUCUCCGGAUCUGGGAUAGCACGGACAGCGAGGACGAUGAGAAUGCUUCUACCGUGUCCACCUCCAGCUGGGGAAACAAUUUCGAAAGCAACUUCAACAAAUCCUUCAACUCGCCAACGAGGUCGCCAAUAGGUAGCCCUGGUGGUAGUCAACAACUGUUGCGGGCACAAUCCCCAGAAAUCAGCAAAACUAUGAUGUUGUCCUUGUCACCAAAGCAUGUCAGAGCAAAAAUCGACUCCCGCGCCAGCAGCUCCGCCGGGUCGCGUAUGCGGACAGCGUCGUCGAGCCUCAAGGGCGGGAACAACAGGAGAAACCAGCAAAGCCAAAAGAUCUCCGGCCACGCCAGACGGGUUUUGUUGCAAGAAAGACUACUCCGCGCUCAGGACGAGUACGAUUUGCCGAUGAUGCGACGGUGUCUGGAGCGGCUGAAACAAAAAUACGAGAUCGAAAUCGACAAGGAGCACGCGGACGUGGUACAGCUGUUGGAAGCGUUGAGCAAAGAGUCCGUGAUAAGGCAGAAACUGAAACUGACGAAAGAGGCGCUUGACCGGUCCAAUCGGAACAACGGGAAUGCUGGCUAUGGUGCGACGUUUUCUUCUUCGCAAGUACAAGCUGGCGGUGCGUUUCUGCAUGACAAACACGGUAGCGUUCUUGCAGGGUCGUCCGCUGCAUCGAACAAAUCCAGCAGAAUCAACAGUGCUUCUUUCUACAGUUCUACGACGAAAGCCGUGCAGAUUCAGCAGCUUCAGUCAAUGCGGUCGGUUCGGAUGAGCGCGGCGGAAGCCGGGAAUGAAUCCGACGAAGACGAGUCGAGUAAAUUUACGAUUCAGACCUUCACGGAUAAAAAUUCUUCUUCACGAUAUACGGGUCCGGAAUUAAGCCAACACACUGGACCGCAAGUCGGAGAGCCACGCCAAACGAUCGACAUGGUCAGGCCCUUCGCUGGGUUAGACGACGUUGUCGACGAUCAUGGAACGAAAACAAAUGCGGCUAGUACCACGUCGACAAAAACCAGUGCAGCGAAAGGUGGUCUUCGUGUCUUUAACUCUACCGCACGACCUCGGACAUCUUUUAACCCCGGCGAGAAGAUCCGGGUAAACAAGGAACCUGAAGAAACGACGAAGUCGAAGCUGCUUUCCCCCGCUGCUGGGAAAGAGCAACAAUCACCAGGAGCUCCUCCUACUGCGGGUGCAGCAGCUGUUGCACCGGUGGCUGCUACUACAACUUCCACCAUGACUGCAACUGCUGCUGCAGCUCCCGCCGUACUAAAACCGGAGGACCGGUGGGAGAAGAUGGUGGACCAAACGGCCAAGCAAGAAUCGCCCCAGAUGCUGUCCAGAAGAUUGUCGAAUUUGAUGUCGCAGGCGGACCAACUGGGGGUUUUGCUAGAGAAGGAAGAGGAAAAAGAGUACAUCCAGGCGCAACAGAAGAUGUACCAGAACCACACCUUCAACGCGGAAGCAAUCGCUGCAAUCCCGGUACCGGUUCCUUUGCCCGCGCCGGCGCCGAGGGGAGUAGGGAGGGGUUUUGGUGUCGGAGACGAUUUUGACGGUAGCAGCCCGAUGCUCGGGAUACUGCCGCCUGGAGGAAAUAAGCAUAAUUAUUCCGGGUCUAUGAACGGUAGUAUAUUGGGGAAUCAUAGCAAUUCGGCUGCUGGUGGACCGAGCUUGUACAAUCAUUCUGGACACCCGCCGGGUACUAGUACGCCGCCAAAUCUUUCCGCUACGAACGUGUCAGGGUACGUGCCACAGGGGCAGCACAGUUCCUCAAACUCCGGUGGACCUGGCACGGGUACUUCUAGCGCUGCAUUUGCUGCAGCUGGAUUUGGCACAGCAGCCGCCGGCGCCGGUGUAGUGACAGGAGCGGUUAUUUCAGCCUCUCCCUCCCCUCCUACCGGUCCAGUAUCUCAACAGGCACAACACCAUCACCCCUCCGCUUUUAUGAUCCCGCCAGUGUCCUCCGGUUUUUCCGAGGACUCCGCUGAUCACAACAACAAUGGCUACCCGCGCGACACCACCAUGUCGGCCAUGACAACAACCUUCUCUCCGACCCAGAAAGCCCUCGCCGACGCGGAAAUGAACCGCUGGGCGAUGAAUUUGGAGCAAAGACUAACCUAAGUAAAAACGUACCCACACCAGAGUUGUCAUGCAGAUUUGCAAUGACAGGAACAUUUGUAAUGCGCAUCUUCAUGAGAGGCAUUUCCAGUCGUGUUUUGACAUUUGUAAUGCUGUAAACACGAUGAGGAGAUGGGUUUGUCAUGCGACUGCACUUGCUAACCUGCACUACACUGCGGAGUGCAACUUGUCAUGCGUGACUCCCAAAACUUCUCGGCUUGUGUUGCAAAAUCUCCAUCCUGACUCUGGUGUGGGUACGUUUUUACUCAGGAUAAAGACUCGCCCGGGACAACGGGGACCCCCACCCGCUCGGCGGAACCGCACACCGCAGCUAUCAAAUGUAAAAAUGUCUGGGUCUGGAAACUUGUGAUGCUGGGUGGCGUCUCAUGAUGAGGCUACAGAUGCUGGCUCAGCGUGACAAGUUUCUGAGUUCCUAGGUGUUGCCUAUUCUGCAUGACAAACUGCGCUUCUGCAUCACAGAAAAACGGAGCUCUUGGGUAACGUGAAUGACAGAUUUAAGAGUCAUGCCAGACAAGCAUGACAAACAUGAAUUCUUCCAGACCCAGACAUUUUUACAGUUGAUAGCAGCUACGAAAGCUCGAUGGAAAGCCCGCCUUUGCAACCGAGGGGGAAUUAUCCAAUGCAAAAAUGUCUGGGUCUGGAAACUUGUGGUGCAAGGAAGGGAAUAUUGAGCACACUGUAAUGCGCACCCCAGAAUUACAAGUUUUUCCGUGGUUCAGAGUUGCGUAUUCCGCAUGAGAAACUGCGUUUUUGCAUGACAGACAAGAGGACCUCUUCGCAGGCACGCAAUACAGAGUUUAGAGUCAUGCCAGACGAGCAUGACAAAUUUCGCAAUCUCCCAGACCCAGACAUUUUUACAUUUGAUAGCAUUCCUCGCGGCACCACGGCUUCCUACAUGCCGAAGCAGUCAGUUGUCUCUUCUGUCGUGACGAAUGAGAACAUCGCGGGAGGUGGGGCAGGAGGUGCUGCAAGUACUGCUCUUGAUUUGUCCCCAACAGGUACCGCUGGAAGUGAUCAAGCGGACAAGAAGUACGACGUUGCAGAGCUCGACGUCUUUUCCCUCCGCCACUUCCCGAACCUGCGGGAACACAGCGACAAUACUCUUGGUUGGGUGUUCAUGGAUAUGAAAUGCAAAAGCAUCGUACUAGUAUAAAUUGCAUUACAAAUUCACUUAGCGUUACAAAUCAAAGUUGUAAUGCGGAUUUGCCUUUGUAAAAGAGAUUUGUAAUGCAUAAACGCAAUUAGUACGAGUGCGAUACUUUUGCAGUCGAUAAUGGACGACGAAGUCUGGCAGAACACCCCACCGAGAUUAAGGUACCAGAAAGAGCUAUCAAAUGUAAAAAUGUCUGGGUCUGGAAACUUGUGAUGCUGAGUGGCGUAGCAUAAGGAGGCCACAAGUGCUGGCUCAGCAUGACAAAUUUCUGAGCUUGUAGGUGUUGCCUAUUCUGCAUGACAAACUGCGUCUCCGCAUGAAAUCUGUUCUAACGCCACGGUAUUGGCAGAGGCUAAAUCUGUUCUAGCGCCACCCUGACAGGAGUCAAAGGUCAAAGCGAUGCGAUACGAUACGCAUGACAGAAAAAAACGUCUCUUGGGCAAUGUGCGUGACAGAUUUAAGAGUCAUGCCAGACAAGCAUGACAAACAUGCAUUCUUCCAGACCAAGACAUUUUUACAUUUGAAAAGAGCCGCUGGACGAGCCUUUGUGCGAUUUCCCGAACUUCACGGACAAGUGGGGCCGGCAUUUGAACAUCGACCCUUUGGCUUUAGAUGUUUUCCGGGUGAUUCUCUCCCUGUCGGGGUCAGCGCCGAAACAGCACUACGACACGUUGUAUAAGGAUUUGGUCGAGGAUUGUCAGCAGUUCCGGCCCUUGGUCGACGAGGUGUGGGUGCAGAUUUUGAAACAAUUGUCCAUGUGUCCGUCCAAGAUAACGAGGAAGAAUUUGUGGUUGCUUCUGAACAAACUGGUCAAGCACGUCUAUUACGAGCGGGUCCUGACCGGGGAGGUGAUCACGAAAGAGCAGAACAUGAUCGACGAACUCGCGUACGAGCUCGCGGUGUCGAAGCGCUCCUCCGGGAACACGUUGGCAGCUGCUCAGAGGCAAAACUUAACGACCGGCGAAAAUACUCGACCGCAACUGUCUCUGGUGGCCGAAGAACCUCCUUCAGGGACAACCUCCAGUCAUCUGCAGUCGUCUGUUCAACAAAAUCCUGCACGACAGGGGGCAGGCGGCUCGCCGCAGAUUGACGUGACCCCGACUCCUGCACCCGUUCCUGCCUCUUCUCCUGAUGACGACUCCGAAGCGGCUCAAGCCGCUUCCUCCAAAUUUUGGUUUAAGCACUUCGCUCGGGUGUACCGCUUUGUCCCGUCGAAACAGCUAUCCGUGUUCGUCGUCGCGUUCUUCCGCCGCUUGAUAUGGAUUGCAAAAAUGUCUGGGUCUGGAAGGUUGGAACUUGUGAUGCUAACUUUGGACUCUAAAAAAAUUCUGUAUUGCAUGACCAGCAAGAGGAGUCCGGUUUGUGCUACGCGUGGAGGGCAUUUGUCAUGCGGAAUAGGCAUCGAGAAGCCCUCAAAAAAUAUGCAUUGCUAGGGUAUGCAUCACAGACAUCAUGGCUCAUGCAAAACGUGCAUAACAAGUUUCAGAAUCUUCCAGCCCCAGACAUUUUUACAGUUGAUACUUGAUCCACUUCGACGAAAUGCGGGCGAACGCGGUGCACCUGCUGCGGAAUCUGCAAGCGCAGGUGGUCGCGCAGGUGCAGGACGACGCGAAAGCGGCCAUGAGAUUCAAGGUGUGGCACCAGGAGGAGCGGAAGUUGCAAAAAAGAGAGAGGGAAAUGAUGCAGCAGGGGAUGCUCUCUGCAGGUGGAGCAGCGUCAGCAUCUACUUCCGGAGCAACAGCAGGUACAGCUUUAAUACCUGGUGCUAGGACGACGUCGAGUGUGGGCGGUAGAAGUUCUUCUCCUGCUGGCUCCAAUAAUUCGGUCACGAAUUCGCCCAGCACACGGACGAACUUGAUAAACGCGACCAGUCCGAGGAGCCGCUUUAUGAUGCUGAAAGGCGUAGAUCCGAUGGAGGACUGGAGUGUCAUGGAGGGCACAGCGGUGUUGACGAAAGCGUCAUCGCCGAAGGGGGGCGCACCGCCGGUGGGGACCACAGGAUCAUCUAGAGACAAGGACAACAAGCUGCUUUCGCCGCCAGCAGGUGGGAGUGAAAACAGUAACACUAUGUUCGGAGCCGCUGAGCAGGGGGAUUUCGGUGGCGAUUUUUCGCAUCAUCAUCAUCUCGAAGAUCCCACAAGCUCCCUAAAUAACGACGACGACGACGAAAUCGAUGAAGCGCUUUUACUCGCGAUGGGCUGGCGACCGCUGCCGAACAUUUUUCAGCAUAUGGAUUGCAAAAGUGUCUGGGUCUGGAAGGAUGCAACUUGUGAUGCUGCAUUUGGAUUCCAAAAACAUCUGUAUUGCAUGAGCAGCAAAGGGAGUGUCUUUUUGCUACGGGAAGAAGGCAUUUGUCAUGCGAAAUAGGCAUCCGGAAGCCCUCAAAAAAUCUCUGAUGCUAGGGCAUGCAUCACAGACAUCAUGGCUCAUGCAAAACUUGCAUGACAAGUCUCAGAAUCUUCCAGACCCAGACAUUUUUGCAUUUGAUACAGCACAAGGCGACGCAAAAAGCGUUCCUCGAGCAGGAGAAGAAGGAGAAGGCGGUGUUGCAGGAGGAAGCGCGCUAUGCAUUGCAAAUAUGUCUGGGUCUGGAAAGUUGUGAUGCAAGGAAGGGAAUAGUGAGGGCACUGCAAUGUGCUGCCCAGCAUGAAAAGUUUUUCCGUGGUUUUGAGUUGCGUACUCCGCAUGAGAAGCUGCGUUUUCGCAUGACAGGCAAGGGGAGCUCUUCGCGGCCACGCAAUACAGAGUUCAGAGUCAUACCAGAUUAGCAUGACAAAUCUCGCAAUCUCCCAGACCCAGACAUUUUUUCAGUUGAUACGCGCCGGGCCUUGCAGAAAAAGAAGGCGGAAGAGAACAUUCUGCUGACGGAGCAGUUCCGCGUUGGGAAGGGGUUGACUGGUGGCUUGUCCGGUGGAGUAAAUAAUUCGGAAAGGCAAACCUCGCCGACCACAAAUGGGAGAACAAACAAUCCUCCGAAACUGUCGGAGAGAGCGCUAAAGGCGAAGUUCGACAAUGUGGAAGCGGACGAGAUAAAGGAGAAUUCUGCUGCAGGAGGAGGGCUGGGUAAAAAUAAUCCAGCGAAUGUCGAAGACGAGGAUGACGACACGAAGACUUUGGUCGGCGCGGGAAAGAUCGACCUGGGCCACAACGCAGAAAAUGACCAACUCGCGUAUUUGGUUUUUUUUUUUUUCCGAUGAAAGUUUAAGUUUCGCUUUCGUUUCCUAGUAGAGCGCCAUCGCCUAUACCGUAUAGGCCUUCAUUGUUUUGUGUGCACAGCAUACAAAUUUGUAUUUUUCCCACGACCGCAUUGAUUCAUGUGCAAGUGCACGUCCUUUCAAAUUUGUCAAAAUCCGAACCUCACAGCACCAUCCUCGAGGGCGAUGAGGAGGAGCCGCAGGAAGAAUCCUUCUUUGGCUCCUUUUUCUCGCAGCAGCAGCCCGACCCGAGGUUGGAGAGGUCCAGGUAUUCCAGAAGGCAGUCGGUGUUUCUAUGGCGUUCUCAAACGUUACAUUCUCAACUGUUAAGUACAUGAAUUUGUAAUGCAAGACUAGCACAGGUGAGAGGGAGAACCUUGCGCGUCUUGCAUUACAGGUUUAGUGCGGAUUACAGUGCUACUUAGCCCUCCGGGAAUUUGUCAUGCGAAGCAGCUUGAUCGUCUGGCGGGUCAUGGUCAUUUUGCAUGACAAAUCAUGUAACACCAGUCGAGAAUGUAACGUUUGAGAACCCCAUAGUUUCUCAAAACCUACGACCUGGAAAACAGCCGGCUACUCCAACGGAGAAAGCGACGGGACCAGAAGAAGCGCGCCCAACUACAGCAUCAGCAGCCGGCGGCGAAUCAGGACGGCGGGAUGUUCGGCGGUUUGUUCGGUUACACGAUCCCGGAGGACGAGGAAUUGAAAAUGGAUGAGGAACAACUACCUGGCGCAGCAACCCUGGACAGCCCAAACGGAACAUCAAAACUUGGCAAUGACCACGACUUCCGCGAGUCCAGCUUUGAGGGCGCGCCCAUAGCGGGCAGGGCCAGCGAACAGAACGACUUGUCCAAGUUACCCCACCGCGGUAAGAGUUCUCGCUGGACGGAUAACGGACGGCCACCGAUUCCUCUAGGGUCUCGCUGGACGGACCACAACAGCAAGAUGCACUCGCAGGACAGCGCGUUUAGGGAAGUAUACAACGAUCCAAACUACUUGCAGCAGCCCGGUGCGGGAGCUCCCGGCAGUCAGCAUUAUCGGUAUUCCGUCCCGGAUUCGGUCGUGGCGAACCAGCUGAAGCCGUUUCAGUCCGAGCAGCACUACAGUCAGGAUAACUUCAAUCGGCAGCGGGUGCGGAGUAGUUUGUACAGCGACGGUCUGACCAUGAUGGACAGCGAGACAGAGGGCGAUGAUACGGGGUCGGUUUACACCCUGGGGUUUGGGCGGCAGUAGUGAGCUCCGCCCAUGUGCUGAAAAGAUCUAAAGGAAAAUCUGCGACAAGGAAGCUAUGCCAUAUCUCCACAUACCGUGGCUGUGCCGCUUGUUACAAUUAGCGCAUUCAUCACCACACGACACAGAAACAGUAAUCGAACAAUUCUCUUCAGCGACAGAUCUAUCACGUUCACGAUCACGGGGUGAAGAGCGUGAGACGCUGCCGCCCUCUUCACACGACUUUGUACGAGCAUUCUUCAUCGCAAGUAGCUAC